GUAAAGCCACCACCUCCACCGUCGCACGCCCUCCACCCCCUGAUUCCCUCUCCGCCGCCGUCGAUUCGUCUGAUGCCGCCCAAGCGCAAGCGCGGCGGCGGCCGCGGGAGGCCCAGGAAGGAGGACAAGGACGCCGCACCGGCCGCCGACUCCGACCCCACCGCCGCCGAGGAAAACGGUGAAAACAGGGGCGACGAAGAGAUGCCUGAGCCACAUGAUUCUGCAAAGGAAAAUGGCGAGGGAGAUCCCAAUGGGGAUAUGUUGCAGUCUUGUGCUGAGGAGAAUGGCGUGGAAGGGGUAGCUGAGGUCUCAAAACCCUCCAAAAGGCGCAGGAAGGAUCCUGUUGCGGAUCCAUCUUCUCCUGAGUUUAGUGGUUCCGGGCGACUUCGACAGAGGCGGAAUGUUGCAGCAGUCCAGGAGCAGGAACCUGAGAAGAAACGAAAGAUUGAUAAGGAUUCAACUAUGUGCCAUCAGUGCCAGAGGAACGAUAGUGGAAGAGUUGUACGGUGCCAGGGCUGUAUCAAACGAGAAAAGAAAUUCAGAUACUGUGUGAAGUGUAUUAAGCGCUGGUAUCCACAUUUAUCAGAGGACGAUUUUGCGACAAAUUGCCCAGUUUGUCGCAAAAAUUGCAAUUGUAAGGCUUGUCUGCGAGGAGACAUAUCCACUGUCGGCUCCAGGAAUGCUAACAAGUCUCAGAAAAAGGCUGACAAAUGUAGUGUAUCUGAAGAAGAUAAAAUUAAAUUCUCUAUGCGUAUUGUGCGCUUUUUGCUCCCUUGGCUCAAAGAAUUUCAUCAAGAGCAGAUGCUAGAGAAAAGUGUUGAGGCCUCAAUCAGAGGGAUUGAUUCGUGCAAAAUGGAGGUUCCUCUGGCGAACUGUGGAAGUGAUGAACGGAUAUACUGCAACAACUGCAGGACAUCUAUUGUUGACUUCCACCGAAGCUGCAACAAAUGUUCCUAUGAUAUCUGCCUCAGCUGCUGCCGUGAGCUUCGUCAAGGCCUUAAUCCAGUUGGUGAUGUCAGCAGUGACAAGGUUACUAGUCUACCUGAUGCUGGAGGCAAGGAAGAUUCGCAGCAGGGAGGUAGUCAUUGCAAAGUUACAAGCCAAGAGCCUUCUGAUGGACAGAAUGAUAUUUUAAUAAAUAAUGCAGUUCCGUCUGAAGACUGCAAUCCUAGUUUGAGACGGUGGAGGGUAAAUAGCAAUGGGACCAUACCUUGCCCGCCGAAUGAAUUUGGCGGUUGUGGAAGUUCCCUUCUUGAACUCAAGUGCUUGUUUGGGGAAAAGUUUAUUGCUGACUUACUGGAGAAAGCUAAAUCACUGGUCAAUGAUGUAACAGUGCUGGAGUUGGGCGGUUCAAACUGUUCCUGCUUCACUGAAUCCAGUGGAAUAAACAAUGGAACAUCACGUAAAUCAGCUUGUAGAGAGAAUUCCCAUGAUAACCACAUAUAUUGUCCAACUGCUAGAGAUGUUCAAAAUGAAAGUUUGGAACAUUUCCAGGAGCACUGGUUGAAGGGUCAGCCUGUUAUUGUCCGUGAUACACUUGCAUUGACUUCUGGUUUGAGCUGGGAACCAAUGGUUAUGUGGCGGGCCUUAAGGGAAAAGAGAGAUAAGAAGACAGAUGAGCGUCUCUCAGUUAUUGCUCUUGAAUGUCUGACGUGGUGUGAGGUUGAUUUUAAUAUUCGUAUGUUUUUUGAUGGGUAUUCUCGCGGAGCUGUUGGUGCAGAGGAUUUGCCCGUGUUACUUAAGCUGAAAGAUUGGCCACAGCAUAGUUCCUUUGAGGAGCGACUGCCACGACAUAAUUCUGAGUUCAUGUCUGCUUUGCCAUUUCGUGCAUACACAGACCCUAAAUAUGGUCCUCUCAAUCUGGCAGUGAAGUUGCCAGAAAGUGUUAUAAAGCCAGACCUUGGUCCAAAGACUUAUAUUGCUUAUGGUGUUGCCCAAGAGUUGGGAAUUGGUGACUCUGUUACCAAGCUUCAUUGUGACAUGUCUGAUGCGGUCAAUAUCCUCACGCAUACUGAUGAAAUAAAGCUCAAAGUCAAAAGGAUUAAAGCAAUUGAGAAAAAGAAGGAGAGUUUAAAGAAAAAGGAAGAGGGUGGUAGUCAAGGCUCACAAACAGAUCUUGAAUCGACCAUUGAGCCAAGACGUAAAGGUUUGAGAAGUGGCUCAAACAUUCAGCAGCCAGCACUAGAUGUUGCUUCAGAGCAGGAGGAAAUUGUUCAAAAAUCUGCAGUUGCUGUUGAAGCUGAGGGAAACUUGAAGAAUGCAAAUGGACAACAGACUGAUCAAAGUUAUGAAGAUCAUAUGAAUGUCCCUUUUUCUAAAGGGAAAUCAGAAGUUGCUCUCAGCGCAACUAAUGGGGGAGAGAAGUUGGGAAAUGGUUUCAGCCGUGAAGAUAAAAUUGAGUCUCCAAGUGACGCAGAGGAAAAUUUUGAACCAAAGGUGGGUAAAAUUGCCAUAUCUCUUGAGCCAAAAGAUGAUGCAGCCCCGUUUGCUGAGGGGAACCAGUCAGAGGGUGGUGCAUUGUGGGAUAUCUUCAGACGGGAAGAUGUCAGUAAACUACAUGAUUAUCUGAUGAAGCAUGCAAAGGAGUUCAGGCAUUGUAAUUAUGAACCGGUGGUGCAGGUUGCUCAUCCUAUACAUGAUCAAUGCUUUUAUCUUACAAAUGAGCACAAGAGAAAGCUUAAGGAAGAAUAUGGAAUUGAACCCUGGACAUUUGAACAGAAACUUGGUGAGGCAGUAUUUAUCCCAGCUGGAUGUCCUCACCAAGUCAGAAAUUUGAAGUCAUGUAUAAAGGUCGCACUUGACUUUGUUUCUCCGGAAAAUGUGCGAGAGUGCAUCAGGUUGACAGAAGAAUUCCGUCUGCUUCCAAAGGGGCAUAGGGUGAACGAAGACAAACUAGAGGUUAAGAAGAUAGCUCUUUAUGCGCUGAACCAAUCCAUUAAGGAC